UGUCUGCUUUAAACAGAGAGAAGACUGCAACUCUGAAAAUAGAGGCUCAUGAGGCCUAUUCUUCCUAACUAAAUGUUACUGACUGCCAGGGGCCGGGGGCACUGAAUGCUCCAAUGAACUACAACCUCUUCCCUCCACUCUACCCCCCCUGGCCCAAGGCAGAUGUAAAAGAGUAGAGCUAUCAGGGGCUAAACAGUUGAGCAUGGAAGGGAAGGGCUCAUAUAACUUUUUUGGUUUGGUGCAGGACAGCCCCUAGGGUAGGGCAUUGCUGGAAAGGACAGUCAUAAGCAUCUUGCAAAGAGCCAGUUCUAAAUAAAGAAAAGGGGCAAAGGGCAGCGAGAAAUAGGAAGAAAGUAGGUGGGACAUAGAACAUGGCCGUUUCCAGCUUCAUAAAAUGCAUAGGAGCUGAACAGUGAGUGAAAGCACUGCAUGCCUGGGCGGUAGUUUGUGCGAGAAGGUUUCAGACGUUGACUUGCAGGUGGAGGGGAUCGUGUGUAGUUGAAAUAGGUGCCCGGCCCCUGUCGGUGCAACUGUUGUGUAACUAACUUGUCCCUUGUUGGAUAGAAGUGCUGCAGGAAGGAUGGAAGGGGAGAGCACUACUGCUGUCAUGUCUGGCUUUGUGUUUGGCGCCCUCACCUUCCACCAUCUGAACUCCGGAUCAGACACAGAGGGCUUUCUGCUUGGAGAUGUCGUGGGUGAAGCAAAGAAUUCCAUUACUGACUCCCAGAUGGAUGAUGUGGAAGUUCUUUAUACAAUAGAUAUACAGAAACAUGUACCAUGCUACAAACUUUCCAGAUUUUACAAUGUACUUGGAGACCUGAAUAUUCCAGAAUUGAAAAAGUUGCUUGCAGACCAAAAAAAGUCUCAGAAUGUUAUUGGCUGGUACAAAUUUCGACAUAAUACAGAACAGAUAAUGACUUUCAGAGAGAGGCUCCUCCACAAGAACCUGCAGGAACACUUAUCAAACUCAGGGCUCGUCUUCCUGUUACUAACCUCAAACCCAGCAACAGAGACAAAAUCCACACACCGCCUGGAGUAUGCUCUUCAUAAGCCACAAGAUGGCUUUUUCCACAAGGUGCCCUUGGUCAUUUCCAACCUUGGAAUGUCAGACCAGCAGGGGUAUAAAACGUUAUGUGGAUCAUGUGUUUCUGUUGGCUUAAAUACCACUAUUAAAAAGCAUAGGUUGGAGUUCUUUAAUGAAGAUGGUGCAUUAGCAGAAGUUAACAGAAUCAGUAAUAUGUACACUACUCUUCAAGAUGAACUAAAGAAGACUUGCAGUCAGCUAGUAGAAAGUGAGCACUCAGUGGAACAACUUCUGGAAGCAAUUAAUGAAUUAAAAAAGCAAAUAGCUGAGAAGAAAAAGCUCAAUGAAGAAACAGGAAAUAAAGUCUCUGAAGCCCCAGAAGAAAAUGUUCUGUUGUGUGAAGCUUUACGCAAAUUCUUUCCUCAGUCUACUCUGCUGCAAUCUUGCCGGCUUUCUCUGGGAGGAAGGCAGAUACCCCACAGCUGCACUGCCAGCCACAACAUUAGUGAUGUAAAUGAACUGACCCUCAUGGUCAAACAGUAUGACAUCCCAGAGGCACACACCAGGCAGGCUGGUAAAAGAAAAGCUUGCUCAAAACAGCUUGGUAGAACCCUAACAAAAAAGUCUCGGCUUCUUCAGCUUCAAAAACAGCACUCUCAGAACGGUGACAGUGAAGGCAGCGACAGCGAGAGACCGUUGUGCAACAGUGGCACAGAGACAGAUGGUGAUAUUCUAGAAAGUUUACACAUGGAUGUCUCUCGGUCCAAGUCUCCAAUUUUUUAAUACAUAGGUCAGCCUGAACAUUUAGCUAAUAAAGGCAGGAAAAGAAAUCUUUUACAAUAAAGGAGCUUUUGAAGAUAAAAUGAAAGAGAAAUUGGGAAAUAGCACUGUUAUUUUACUUUAACAAGCUGUAUCUGUAAAAUUUAAAAUGUUUUAUGGACCCAGAAUAAGGGGACGCCUGGGUUUCAUUUUGUGCCUUUAAAAAGUUGCUUUUAUAAAGUGUAAGGUAACAUUUAAAUUUUUUUUUUUAUUGAAUGGAAUACAUAUCUAAUUGUUACAAUAACAUCUAAUGCUUAGAGUUCCCUCUUUCUCUAUUUAAUUUAAACCAUAAUGGCCUUUAAAAGAAGCAAUGCUAGUUUUUAAAAAAUAUUUUGCUGUUAAUAUUUUGCUUGCUUGAGUAGUGUCCAUAUCCCACUAGAGGAGGGUCGUUGUUGUCGACCCCUUCUUGCACCUACAUAGAGUUUAUAUGCUGCUAGAAAGAGUGCAGUAUCUUCCAGCAUUACUUUGCUUCCCUGUCCCUUACUUGCUCAUUUGGAUAGAAUUAAUCAUAUAGCUGGCCAAUACAAAUCUAUUAAGCAAAGUUGAAGGACCAGUAACACCAAAAAACCCAGAAAGUUACCUAGGUUACCAUGUUGCUGUGCAGUCAU